AUGUACUUGUGGGAACUGGUACCGAUCACUAUAGCACUAAACGUAGUAUGUUUCAGCUUUCUGUUUCUGUGCUUUGAUCAGCCGCGCGUCCGUGCCUUGGAACGAUACAAAGCAAGAUGGCGCGAGUCCUCGUUGUCUGAUCCCGUGUACCUGACCGGCUUUCUUCUGAAUGCAGACAUUCGGCUGGUGCGGUUGGAGUAUCUGCAGGAGUUGCUACAAGAAGGGCACGCGCUGCCUCGCAGGCAAGAAGCGGAGCAUGCAAGCGUGAAGUCUACGGGGCAGACAGCUGUCAGCCACUGCUGGGAGACCCGAGAACAUCCUGAUCCUUGGGGCUACCAGCUGGAGACCAUCGUGAGAUCUUUGCAGAAGUUGCAGCAGGAAUUUCACGAGAUCUUGGGUGUGUUCAUUGACUAUACCUGCCUUUACCAGUUCAAGCGCAAGAGACGGCACGAGGAGGAGAGUUUCAGAGCAGCGAUGGAGAAUAUGUCUGUGCUAUAUGCGCACGAGUGGACUCAGACACUAUGCGUAAUAGAUCAGACGCCGGAGUCCUACAAAAGCAGCAGCGCUGGCAGAAUCUCUGUUUAUUGUCCAGACGAGGAUGAAUUGCAGGACAGGCCAAUCACCAGCUUGGUGCCAAACACGACAGACUACGAACUACGUGGGUGGUGUUUGGCAGAAUUGCAAUGGUCCAGUCUUCGAGCUUCAGAAGUAUAUCGGAACCCGCUCCAUCCCAGCAGCGCCUUGCCAAACCAACAUUUGUGGGCACGCCGGUCUCCAAUGGCACCCUACAAGUUUCGCAGUGAGUUGGCGAAGAGAGAGAUCAAGUUCACACACAGGUCCGAUUUCACGCCUCUGAUCGCAGCACAGCAGGCAGCGUUCGACGACAAGGCACGCCAGUGUGACAGACUCGGAUUCUGGGAUCUGCCGGCCGGUGAGGUGGAGAUUCUUGGAGAGGCUGUGUACUUCUUCCCGCACGUACAGACUCUGAUUCUGGAGCGGUGUCCUGCCAAUGUGGAGGGAUUCAUUCGAAAUCUUUCGUUCAGCACCUCCCUGGAGCAUGCAUUCUUGGUGAAUAGUAUGAAGAAGGUUUUACUUCUUGACCCAUCGAAAGAGGUGAUGCAUGCAUAUUGCCUUUUGUACUGUUUUCUGGAAGAACAUAUACGUCCGAAACCCUAA